GGCGGCGGGGAGGACCGACCCCCGAGGCCACGAGCUGCCGCGCCGCCUGGGCAGCAGAGGCCGCAGAGCGGGCCGCCCAGCCCGCCCCUCCGCGCCAUGGCCCCGCGCGCCCGGCGGCGCCGCCCGCUGCCCGCGCUGCUUGCGCUCUGCGCGCUGUUCGGCCGGCUGCAGGUGACUUUUCAGAUCACCUCUCUGUGUGCUAGCGAGAGGCAUUACGAGCGCCUUGGACGAUGCUGUAACAAAUGUGAACCAGGAAAGUACUUGUCUUCCAAAUGCACUGCUACCUCUGAAAGCGUUUGUCUGCCCUGUGGCCCGGAUGAAUACCUGGACACCUGGAAUGAAGAAGAUAAAUGCUUGCUGCAUAAAGUUUGUGAUACAGGCAAGGCCCUGGUGGCCGUGGAGCCCGGCAACCGGACGGCUCCGCGGCGCUGCGCCUGCACCGCCGGGUACCACUGGAGCGAGGACUGCCGCUGCUGCCGCCGCAACGCCGAGUGCGCGCCCGGCUUCGGCGCCCGGCUCCCGGUGCAGCUCAACAAGGACACGGUGUGCGAGCCCUGCCUCGCAGGCUACUUCUCCGACGCCUCUUCCUCCACAGAAAAGUGCAAACCCUGGACCAACUGUACCAUUCUUGGAGAGACAGAAGCACUUCACGGGACCGAUAAAUCAGAUGUGGUUUGUAGUUCUCUUCCACCUACAACACCACCAAAUGAACCACAGAUUUACUUGCCCAGUUUAAUUAUUCUGCUUCUCUUCAUAUCUGUGGCAUUAGUUGCUGCUGUCAUCUUUGGUGUUUACUAUAGGAAAAAAGGGAAAGCACUAACAGCUAAUUUGUGGCACUGGGUCAAUGAAGCUUGCGGCCGCCUAAGUGGAAAUAAGCAGGAGUCCUCAGGCAGCAAUCUUAGCUGCACUCGUGUGGAAGCCCCUAGUCAGCGUGAAAUCUGUGAGGGUGUCUUACUGCUGACUCUGGAACAGAAGAUGUUUUCUGAAGAUAUGUGCUGUCCUGACAGUGGAGGUGCGUGUGCAGGUGGCGGUCCCUGUGUGCCGGGAGAAGAUGCCGGGAUGCUCACCCUGGUCAGCGAGAUUGAGGGGGACCCCUUCAGGCAGAUUCCCACGGAAGACGAAUAUGUGGACAGGCCCCCCCGGACCCCAGACUCUAUAUUAUUCUUCACUCAGCCUGGAAGCACAUCCAUACCGCCUUUCCCUGAACCCCUGGAGGUGGGAGAGAAUGACAGUCUAAGCCAGUGCUUCACUGGGACAGAGAGCUUGGUGGAUUCCGAAAGCUGCCACUUCGCUGAGCCUCUGUGCAGGACUGACUGGAUUCCUAUGUCCUCCGAAAAGUACUUGCAAAGAGAAGUGGAGGGUGGCAAUUGCCCCCACUGGGCAGCCAGCUCCAACUCUGCAGAUGGCUGUGCAGGCUGCAGGAGCCCUGCCGGGGAGGACCGGGAACCCCUGAUGGGUUGCCCCCAAAGUGGACCCUUGCCCCAGAGCGCCUAUGGCAUGGGCCUUCCUCCCGAAGCAGCUGAUGGGGCUGAAGCACGGCUUCCCAGCUCCACGAGGGGAGGUCCUGGCGCUGGAGGCCCUUCCAGCGAGCAGCCCCCUGCAUCAGGAAAUGUGACUGGAAACAGUAACUCCACGUUUAUUUCCAGCGGGCAGGUGAUGAAUUUCAAGGGCGACAUCAUCGUGGUCUACGUCAGUCAGAACUCGCAGGAGGGUCCGGCGGGGCCGGGCGGCUGCGCGGGGGAGCCGGUGGGCCGCCCGGUGCAGGAGGAGAGCCCGCCGUGCUGCGACUCGUUCGCCGGCCUCGGGCCGCGCUUCCCGGACACGUGCGCCGGCCUCGAGGUGGGCCCGGGGCUGCAGGAGCGAGGCGCCCCCGGGCCCGACAAGGCCUCGCGGCCGGUGCAGGAGCAGGGGGAGGCCGAGGCCGGCGCGCCCGAGACGCGGCGCUGAGCAGCCGAGAACCCGCUGCGGUUGCAGCCGGGCGGGCGCGGAGCUGCGGGCCUUCCAGCCCUCCCUCCGCGCAGCGCACAUCGGGAGCCGCGUCCCCAGCUGAGGACGCCGCCGCGCACCCGUGCCUGGGCGAGGCUGAGGGCGGGGCCUGGGAUGGGGCGGGGCCGUGGCCCCAGAGGUGUGCUGUUGAGCCCCUCCGUUCGGUACACCUGCGUCAAAUGACCGGACGUUCUUUAUCCAUCUUGUUCUAAAUAGAAUCGGGGACUUUAAAAACAAGCAAACAGAAGUACAUUUGUUAUUACUACUCACUUCCAUCCACGGUCACGUGUCUACUAAUUGCACAGGUACACGUUGCUCUCUUCUGUUACUCCACUUUUUACCUCCUUCUAGUUUUUCUUCUUCCACUUCCACCUCCCAUUAUUAGUUCGUCAGUAGUUUGUCUCUUUACGACAUCUGUUUUUAAUGGCCGUCCUGUUCUAUUUGGAUCUGUAUCCCUUCCCCCACCCCGUCCUCCACGUUUGAUAUUUGUAUUUCACUGUCUCUCAUAACGUUUCUCUUGAUACUGUCCGCCCUUUUUUCUUUUUACUAUUUAACGAUUUUCUUGAAAGGUCUCCUAAGGGUGAUGGUCUUCUUUAUAUGUUUUCUUUUGGUCCCUUCUCGCAAGUAGAUGACUGUGUUUUGGUGAUGGCGGGGGCGGGGAGAGGUGAGGAGUCUGUACUAAGCACUUUUGGAAGAAGGCUAGAAAUGUGAAGCCUGGGGGGAGGCUCAGAGAACAAGAGGAGGGACUUUUAGCUUUCGAAAACUUUUCUGGGUUCUCAGUUUUCUAAAGGAAGGAAAAGGGGAAAUCCCAGUUUCACCCUGAAUGUUUUUUAAGUUUGUGUCAAUUUCUAGGCAGCACUAGGUUGCAAUUCGUGUCUGCCUCCUUUACUCCAUCUCAAAACGGUUCAUUUCCCCCGGGUGCAUGUAGUACCCUUCCCAGCAGAGGCAAUCAGGUACUUGGGAAACUAAAUCUCAAAAAUCCAAGUUGCUGCACUUGGCAUUCUUAUUCUUGAUGUGUCCCUGGAAAAGGUGUGGAAAAUGAGUAGGACAUGGGAUGGCCUGCACACACGGUGAAAGGAAGGUGCCAGGAAAGUUCAAGAAAGGAAGAGUAAAGUUGUGCAUUUGUUUUCUUUCUAAACAAGAAUAGCAUAAAUGUGUUUAGGCAGUAGGCACCAUUUUCUUCCUAAAAAAUCGUGUAUCUGUAAUUUAGCCUUGUAGAAGUGGAAAACAUUCUUAUUAUUUUCCAUGCGUUUACAUUAAAAACCCAAAUCCUUAUAUUGUGAACUUAAGAAAACUUAUCAUAGAGGUGCUUUUCUCUUAGCAUCAGUGCUCUUGUGAGGAAACAUACAAUGUGAGUCAGAGUGAAAGGAAUUACCUAGGAUGUUUCAUCUGUUGUGGCCAGUGAGCAUUUGUUCUCCUCAAAUACUAAAGUUAAAAUAUCUAAGCACAUUAAAAUUAAUUUUGCAGAUCUGAUUGGUUUUAAGAGUGGUGAUAGCAGUCACUGUCCAGACUUUAAUGGCCACAAAUGCCCAGCUGAAGGGAAUGAAUGAUUGUUGAUCACUGGUUUCUCCCUGUCGGUUGCAGGUCUCUUGGAAAUGCUAGAAUAGUAGCCAUCAAUUAUGACUUUUAAUGGAGAAGCAGAGGUGGUUCUAUAAUUUAUGGGGCUUCUUAGCUGACAUGAAAAACUGCAGGAAAUAACUGUGUUGCCAGGAUGAUCCGUUGGUGGGAAUUUACUGUCUGUGCUGCCCUUUUAGUUCACAUCCAUCCAAAGAGAGAUGUUAUAAAAAUGGAAGAAGCCAUUAAACCUUUUGACAUAUUAAACAAAGUAUAGUUCACAAAGGAGAAGGCUGAGCUAAAGACCCAAGUUUCUACUGUGACUGUCAUCAUCUCACUAAUACUUUCCUUUUCUUUCCUAUAAAAAGGCACUAAUUUUUGACAUUUUCCCAAACUAGAGAUAACAUAAGGAUGCUACAGUGAAUGUUAAAGUAUUUUGAGAUCCUUAAAUAAAAGGUGCUAAAUAAAUACAUAAGAAUCUACUUUCAGAAAAAGGUAGUAUUCUUUCCCAUGCUGAUCCCUACUAAUUCUAUAUUGAUCCAAAAACAAUUAAAUGAUAGGAGGUAUAUAGCAAAUAUAGGUCUGUGUCUGUGUAUUAUAGAGAUGUAUAUGACAAAUGUAAACAGAAUGAAAUGAAGACAAUAAUGAAAAACUGGGGAAUGUGAUAAAGAGAUUAUUAAACAUAUUUGAUGAUAAAAAA